GUUACACCUAAGGAAUAAACUCUAGAAGAUGUCGUACUCUUUUCAGCUUCACAAUGAAGAUGAUCCUUCGGAGUCCUCGACUGUUGAGCAACCAUCUACUUCCACAGAGACUGCACAAACUUCUCAAACAGCAGCUUCGUCUGAAGCAGAUACUUCUCCUCCACCUUAUUCUAGUAUAGCUGUAGAAGCAGCUGCAACCUCAGCAGAAACACAAAAUGAAUUUUACCCUGUACCACCUCCAUAUAGUGUAGCUACCUCUCUUCCUACUUACGAUGAAGCAGAGAAAGCUAAAGCUGCAGCAAUGGCAGCUGCAGCAGCCGAAGCAGCCCAAAGAGAAGAAGAGUAUCCACCACGGGAUGACUUCAGUGAUGCAGAUCAGCUUAGAGUGGGAAAUGAUGGCAUCUUCAUGUUGGCAUUUUUCAUGGCAUUUAUUUUCAACUGGAUUGGAUUUUGCUUAUCCUUCUGUAUAACGAACACCAUAGCAGGAAGAUAUGGUGCAAUUUGUGGAUUUGGCCUAUCGCUGAUCAAAUGGAUUCUUAUUGUACGAUUCUCAGAUUACUUUACUGGAUAUUUCAAUGGACAGUACUGGCUUUGGUGGAUAUUUCUUGUACUUGGCCUUCUCCUGUUUUUUCGAGGGUUUGUCAAUUACCUUAAAGUCAGAAACAUGUCUGAAAGUAUGGCAGCUGCUCAUAGGACAAGAUUUUUUUUCUUGUACUAGAGAUUGGCUACAGGAUCAGUACGAAGUAACCAGCAACUCACUAUUGGAAGUCUGAAAAAAAACAAAACAAAACAAAAAUCCUGAGACAGUAUUUGCCUAGAAAGGAUGUGUCUUUUUAUUUAAGACAGCAAAAUCCACUUUAAUGAACACCUAAUGAUAAAUAUGGAAAAUCAUUACUUCUGCUGUGCUUUUCAGUUCUUGAUCAUGGAAUUAAUCUGUUAAGUGAAUAAAACUGUAAUGUAAUAUGCUUUUAUCAUGUGCCAUUUUGUCAAAACUAUGCAGUAAGGUAAACUCUUAAAUGAUAACUGAAAAAUAUAUUGCCUUUUAAGAAACAGCCUAAGUUAGCAACAUCUACAGUGCAGUGUUCCCUUCGUUUUGUAGCAAUAAUAUACAUUUUAUUUUCUGAGCAAUAAAGUGGCCUCUUUAGAGUUAAGGAAAAAUGUAUAGUAAACUCCUGCAUGAAAACAUCUAAUAUGUAUUUAAUAAAUUUAGAUCAUGUAGAACAAAAUUUAAUGUAGGAAUAGAGCUUUCCAAAUGCUGGGUGAUUAAAAGUCUAAUAGUAUCUGGCUGACUUUGCCUCAAAAGGUGGAUGCGAGGAAGAUAGUGUAGUAGCAUAUGCUAUUGGUCUUUCAUCUCCUCAGGCUUGAAAUUCUGGAAUAGGAUGAAAGAUUAGGACCUUUAUGUAACACCCACUGUAGACAAUAAGAAACUUUCUAUUGACUGGUCUAUUAGCUUAAAGCAUCUCUAACCAUUACACAGUAGGAGCUACACAGACUCAAGAAGUUCUUCAAGAGCUAGACAGACUUGCCCAAUAUUUGUUCAAAGGUAUUAAAUAUUUAAUUGAAGUAAUAACUACAAAGCAAAUGUCAGCAAGCAUAAGCGAACUGAUAUAGAGAAGAUAUUUUCUGUCCAGUAAAAUGAUUUCUAAAUAAACAAAUAAAUGUUAGCUAUUCUAAAUACUGUAAUAUGAAUAAAUAUUCCAAAAACAGAAGCCUUAAAAAUAUUUUGGAUGGGUCUUUUCUGCCAGUUUCUCCUGUCAUCCUGAUUGGGAGAAAAUUGAUUUUGCUUUAAAAAAAAAAAAAAAAAAAAAAAAAAAAAAAAAAAUGGUUUCCUGCUUUAACACUCACCUCAAUUAUCAGUGUUGCUUACAGUUAAUCAAUCUGAUGAACUGAAGUACGAUUCUUUCUUUAUCUCUAGACUGCAUCGACCAGACAUUCCCUUCCUAUACCAGUGUGAAAUUUCCAGAUGAUCUGUAACUCUCCAAUUUAAUAUGAUAGAAGACUACUAAAAACAGAAGACAAAUUAGUGAAGAAAAGAUGCAGCUUCAAAAAGAAUGACAGGGUGGUUUAUGCUUAAGUCCCAGUUUUGUUCAUUCACGUAAAUAUAUAAAACAUUGCCUUUUUGUUUUUGCACAUUUGCUUAUGUGCUAAGUAAAAGGAUAGGACUGAAAUAAAAUCAUACCCUACAAUACAGCCUGUUAGUAGAGAUUAAAUACAGUCAGACUUGGUUAAUCUGUGCUUGUUGUAUCUUAAAGACUCAAGUGGUAUCUUGUCUUACAGCAUGUGUAUACCACUGACUUGUUGAUCUGAAGUUUAGUUCAGUAAAAUUUGAAAUAUACUGAUUCAGAUUAACCAGUUCAAACAGUUAGUUAGUGUUUAUGUAAUUUAGAUUAAUGAUUGUGCAACAUAGAACACUUGUUAAAGUUUACAAAAAUUUGCAAAUCCUCAUUAUUAUAAGUGUUUAAUGAUCAGCAUUUUAUCAAACUCAGACCAACUUAGUAGUUUGUUUAAAAAUGAAAUACCACUUUGAGCCCCCAUGUAAAUAUCUAUGCAUAAAUUACUGUUUAGAUUGUUUCUUAGGAGUGAUGUCAAAAUUAUAUUUGUAACCAUAGUAUUUCUCAUUCACUUUAAAUUAUGUUUACUCAUAAUAUGAACAAUAUAUGUUUUGUUAAUUUGGACAUUAAAGUUAUAGUUUUAUUUUUGGUAUAAUUCUUUGAGGGUAGAAGGUAUUGAAUGUCCAUUUGAACAGCAGGUUAUUCUCUGCAUGAUUUGAGUAACUAAUUUGGACCCAAUCCUGAAAACCCUUGGUUAUGCAAAUGACUCUUUCUUCUGUAGAUAGCUCCAUUGAAAGAGACAGAUCUACUUCCAGUCAGCAAAGAUUGCUAAGGUUGGGUCCUAGGCCCUUUUUAUGUAAAUAGGUCUCUGCUCCAGCAACAGCUUUGCAGAUCAGGUCCCUGUUUAAUUACAUUAACCUUUGUAUUUACCAAAUGUUCUGUUUGCUAUUACCCUGAAAUCCACUUUGAGUUUCUCAAAUGGUGCUUACAGGUAUCUCACCAUGCUUAAUUUAGAAAAAAUGACUUCAGUCUUUCAAAAAAAUGUAGAUCCGACUUAAAAUUGUAAUACAUGUAUGUAGGGGGAGGGGGGUGUUUUUCCCCUUCAUCAGUCUUUUAUUUUAAAACUAACAGCAAAAAAAUAAAACCAAUGCACUCUUACUAGUAUUCACUUAACAGUAAUAGUAUUAUGUUUUUAAAGGUAUCAUCUCUUUAGGGGUGCAUUCUACUGUUCAUAAACAAACAUAAUUCCCUGCAAUAGUUGUAAGAGAUAUGCCUUGCCAGGAUAGGAGAAUAGACCUCUUAAUCCUUUACUACAACUGGAAUCUCAGUGACAACCAGUAAUCAACAUAUUUUGCUUUGUGGGAGGGCAGAAUCCUCCUUUUUUUUUUUUUUAAUUUGAAUUUUUUUUAAUACUAACAUAAAAAAAAAUGAGAUUUUUGUUGUCUUUAAACUAGUAAUGCUUUAUUCAAUUUUGUAUUUACGCUGAAUGUUUAAAAAAUGCAUAUGUAAACAGGUCACAUAGUUUAUUGUUCUUAAUUUGCAUAGUUAAUAAAAAAGGUAAACAAUUAUAAACUAAUACUUCUGGGAAACCUCCCUUUCCCGGGCUUUUCUGGAAAAAAUAAAAGAAAUAAAAUGAUUAUGUUUAAUA